UGCCCUCUCCCCGCCGGGCCCCGCCCCCGUGGUUGUCCAGAAAAGGUCCCGCGCAGCCUGUACUCCGUCCAGCCUCCACGCGGUCUUGGCGAUGCAGGGUCCCCCUGCGUCCGCCCCGGCCCCUGUGCCCAGCUCCCCCCGGGGCUCCCCGCGCGGCUCCCCCGGGCUCUUCAGGAAGCUCCUGGUGAACCAGAGCAUCCGCCUGCAGCGGCGCUUCACCGUGGCCCAUCCGCUGUGCUUGGACCUGGAAAAUGGGCUGUCAUGCGGAAGAAGCGCCCUGGACCAUCAGGCUGGGUCUGGCCUUGGCCGGGUCAUCCAAGCCCCUGCCCAGCACAGCCAGAGGCGGGAGUCCUUCCUGUACCGCUCAGACAGUGACUACGAACUCUCGUCCAAGACCAUGUCCCGGAACUCCUCUGUGGCUAGCGACCUACACGGAGAAGACGUGAUUGUGACACCCUUUGCCCAGGUCCUGGCCAGUCUGAGGACGGUUCGGAGCAACGUUGCGACCCUUGCCCACCUGCAAGGCCGCGGGGCAGCCAAGCAGGCAUGCGUCGGGAACACCCCAUCUGGCAGUCAGCCCCCUCCACCAACAGAGGACACUGGGCAGAAGCUGGCUUUGGAGACACUGGACGAGCUGGAUUGGUGUUUGGAUCAACUGGAGACACUGCAGGCGCGGCACUCGGUGGGGGAGAUGGCCUCCAACAAGUUCAAGUGGAUGCUGAACCGGGAGUUGACUCACCUGUCUGAAGCCAGCAGCUCUGGGAACCAAGUGUCUGAGUACAUAUCCCGAACCUUCCUGGACCAGCAGACUGAGGUGGAGUUGCCCAGGGUGACCCCCACGGAGCCCCCAAGGCCCAUGUCCCAGAUCAGCGGCCUGCGUGGACUCCCCCACAGUACCAGCCUUUCUGCAGCCACUGUCCCACGCUUUGGGGUCCAGACUGAUCAGGAGGGACAACUGGCCAAGGAGCUGGAAGACACCAAGAAGUGGGGGCUUGAUGUGUUCAAGGUGGCAGAGCUAAGUGGGAACCGGCCCCUCACAGCUAUCAUGUUCAGCAUCUUUCAGGAACGGGACCUGCUCAAGACAUUUCGGAUCCCAGCAGACACACUUGCCACCUACCUACUGACACUGGAGGGUCACUACCACAACGAUGUGGCCUACCACAAUAGCCUACACGCCGCUGACGUGGCCCAGUCUACACAUGUGCUGCUGGCCACACCUGCGCUUGAGGCCGUGUUCACUGACCUGGAAGUCCUGGCUGCCAUCUUUGCAAGCGCCAUCCAUGAUGUGGAUCAUCCUGGGGUCUCCAAUCAGUUUCUCAUUAACACCAACUCAGAGCUUGCACUUAUGUACAAUGAUACCUCCAUGCUGGAGAACCACCACCUGGCUGUGGGCUUCAAGCUGCUGCAGGCAGAGAACUGUGACAUCUUCCAGAACCUCACCACCAAGCAGCGGCUGAGUCUGCGCAGGAUGGUCAUCGACAUGGUGCUGGCCACAGACAUGUCCAAACACAUGAACAUCCUGGCUGACCUCAAGACCAUGGUGGAGACCAAGAAGGUGACAAGCCUUGGAGUCUUGCUGCUAGACAACUACUCCGACCACAUCCAGGUCUUGCAGAGCCUGGUGCACUGUGCCGACCUCAGCAACCCCACGAAGCCGCUGCCGCUCUACCGCCAGUGGACAGACCGCAUCAUGGCUGAGUUCUUCCAGCAGGGCGACCGUGAGCGCGAAUCAGGCCUGGACAUCAGCCCUAUGUGCGAUAAGCACACGGCCUCAGUGGAGAAGUCCCAGGUGGGUUUCAUUGACUACAUCGCCCACCCACUGUGGGAGACGUGGGCUGACCUGGUACACCCAGAUGCACAGGACCUGCUGGACACUCUGGAGGACAACCGCGAGUGGUACCAGAGCAAGAUCCCCCGCAGCCCUGUGGAGCCCACCAGCCCCGAGCAGGGUGGUCCCGACAGAUUCCAGUUUCAGCUGACUCUGCAGGAAGCAGAAGAGGAGGAGGGAGAGGAGGAGGGAGCACUGGGUGGGGAGGCCUCAGAGUCACCUGACACUGAGCUCUUGUCCCCUGAGGCCAGCCCAGACCCUGGGGCCCUAUACCUGGACAACCAGAGGACCGUGGGCAAGCCCUGUGUGGACCAUGAGGGCAAUGUGAUGGCUGAGGCUUUGGGCACCUAGUGGCCCCUGAAGGGUGUGUAGACUUUCCAGGCAGAGGUCCCAGGUGGCCCCUGCUUUGCCUUCCCCACCCACUGAGGGAGACAAUCAGGCUUUUAGCUACAGACAGCUCUCAGGGUUGAAUUGGAGGCACCUGGCGGGAUCCAUUCUGACCCUGAGCUCAGCUGAGAGAGCUCUCCAAGGAGCUGGGCUGGGGGCAGCCUCUUCCAGGGCCCUUGAGUUCUCCCUCCUGGACUUCAACCCCUGGUGUAGAAAGGGAGUAUCUGCCAGGCCCCUUGUGCAUCUUCUCCAGUGGUCACUCUUCAGCCACGUCAAUCACUUUAUUUUUUCAUUCUUUAUCCGAUAUUUACCAGGCACCUACUGUGUGCCAGGCCUGUGCCUCUUAUGUGCCUCUGGGUUAGCCCUGCACAAGGAGGUGGGGAGUCAGCCUCAAGGAGUUCCCCCCUCCCCGAGACACCUCCCCUUCACCUGCAAGGCAGCUCAUUACAAGAGAACAAGAACUUGAAUGGGAGAAUUCUCAGCACCAAAGCUUCAUCCAGACCCAGUCUGGCUCUGGAGCUCUGGUGGGGGGUGAUAGGGGGCCAUGAAAGAGAGGGCUGUGUGUCAGGAACUGUCUCUGAAGACUGAUUUAGCCUUCAUUGCUUGUGCACUGGCUGUUGCUUUAAGUUGCUGUGGUUUCUGUCUUCAGGUCUAAGGAUCCUAGUCCUCCCUGGUCCCAGGACCCCCUGCUGGCUCGCUUAUACUUUCUCCCUCUCUAGAACAGCAACACAGACUUCUCCCCCAGGGAAGGUCUCUCGAUCUUCUGAUUCUGAGGCUGUACCAGAUUCCCCGUAGGGAAAAGGAGGCUUCUGAUGCUUUCUUGCGAGUCACAGCCCCUUCUGGGCCUCAGUUUCCCCUCCAUGGCCUGAUCCUUAGUACUUGGGUAAACUUUGGUUGGAGGGUGGUGUUUGUGACCUCCCUGAAAUAUCUUAGAAAUAUGGGGCAUUCUCUGGGUUUAAAUAAACUCUAUCACCCAUAAUUAGUACCGUGCCCAUUUCACGGAUGGGGAAACAGGAGCGGAGAGGUCCUGUGGCCUGAGGGCUCAGGGCCCUGUAGCUGGGGGGCAGACGUUAGCCAGCGGCGCCCCCUGGUGGCUGGAGGCACAGCGGGGAGGCGGGGCGAAUUCGGGGCCCUUCCUCGCUUUGCCAGAAGUCUUUCCCGCACCCAGCUUGGUUGAGUUCGCCCUGAGGGUGCCGGCCUGGUGCAGAGCAGGUGAGGCGGCUCUGUGCUCAAGUCUCAGAUUCAAUUCUCGCUUCCGGAGGCCUCAGUAUCCCCCCAUCCCACCCCACCCCCCACCCCCAGCCUCCCUCCCCGCGUGUCUAAUGAUUUAUACAUGGCACAAGUCAUCACAGCAGCCCCUGGCUUCAAGAACAGCAGGCUUCAUUCCUAAAUAAUUUCAUUAAUAAUUUCAUUCCAUUGAUGAUUCAUCGUCAUCACAAUUAAUGAUCAAAUGCCACAGAGGGAGAAUUAAAGGGCAUCUGGAUCAUGAACUUGGUGCAUUUCCUUCCACACUUUUAAAAGGCAGAGAUUUAUGGGAUUUUUAUUUAUAUAUAUUUUUUAUCCUUUCCACCUUGCAAGUAAUACAUGUCACUGUAGAGAAUCCGAAAAUAAUGGAAACAUGUAAAGACGAAAAUAAAAUUCUGCUGUAAC